AUGGGAUUUUUCGAUUUCCCUUUAAUUUUUAUUUCUUUACCAAUAACUCUUAUUAUUGUUAUUAUUAUUGCUUAUCUCAUUGUGUUUAUUAUUGGAGGUAUUUGUUAUGUUUAUUCAUUUUUCCUUUUCAAAAGAAAGGAUUGGGAUUAUACCGGAAAACAUAUUUUUAUUUUUGGUGGAAGUGCUGGUGUUGGACAAGCUAUUGCAUUAAGACUAGCAAAAAAAGGGGUACAUCUUUCCAUUGCAUCUAGGUCAGAAAAUAAAUUAAAAGAAACUCAAGAAAAAUGUUUAAUAGAAAAUUCAAAGACAACAUGUGAUUAUUAUAUUUGUGAUAUGGGAAAUACUGAAGAUGUUAAAAAAGCCUUAGAACAAGCUGUAAAAAAAUAUGGAAUUCCAUCCCUUCUUAUUAACAGUGCAGGAAUUGCACAUCCAGGGUUUAUUGAAGACAUGACUUAUGAACAAUAUGAAAAGGAUAUGAACUUAAAUUAUUUUGGUUGUUUAAGAAUGAUGAAAGAAAUUAAAAUUUUAUUAGAUUCUAAUCCAACUAUAGAAAGAAUUGAUAUUGUUUGUAUUGGAUCAUGUCUUGGAUUAAUUGGAUCAAUUGGAUAUACAGCAUAUUGUCCAACUAAAUUUGCUAUUAAAGGUCUUCUUGAUUCAUUAAGAUUUGAAUUUUUAGGAACUAAUGUUCAUCUUCAUUAUUAUGCACCAUCUAACAUGGACACUCCAGGUUUUGCUAUAGAAAAUGAACACAAACCAAAAUUAGUUGCGUCUAUGGAAAAUAAUGUUCAAACUGUUACUGCUGAUUAUGCAGCACAUGCUUUACUUUGUAACCUUGAUCGAUAUGUUAUUACAUCAGAACCAGACUUAGACUUAUUAAAGAAUGGACCAACAUUUAUGUCAAGUCAUACUAUACAAGACUUUCUUAUUUGUCCAUUAUCUGCUUUAGGAACAACUUUUUAUCGAAUGAUGAUUGAAAAGAAUAUUUUAAAGAAUGUUGACCAUAAAAAAGAUUAA